AUGGGUGACUUCGCCUCGCUAUUCGUAUUUAUUAUAGUAUUUCCGCUAGUACUGAGUAGUUUCUUGAAAUAUCAGCCUGGGGCAUGUGUGGAUGGCGUGCAUAAUUUGUUGCGGAUAGAUUCUACAGAAGAUGUAACACUACCAAUCCAACUUCGCGAUGUACAAAUCCUUUUCUACGAUAUUUACAACAAAACCUCCUGCCAUGAAGGCCGACCAAACCUAAAAAUGCCUGGCUAUGUAAAAUUUAUCGCAGGCGAAAUGCACGUUUUUCGCCACAUUGAAAAUUUCGAUCAAAUCGACGUACAACCAACGAUCUCAUUCAUGCAUCUAUUUUUAUGCCGAGGCGGCAUCAGCCCGGUGCCAAUGUUCCCGAAUCGAUUUUGCAACUUUAAAUUGUCAAAGUACAUCCCUGAGCAUUAUACGGAUAUAUUGCGAAAUCAAGGGGUGCAUACAAUUGGUGAAAUGAUGACAAAGUCAAAUUUCACUGAAGUUCUGGAACUGCCACCAAGCGUUUCAUUCUUUGGGGUGACGUUAUUACGGAUGAUUAGGGAUCGAUACCAUUCUGAAGUGCGUAUGGCAAUCGAAGAGAAGCCAAUUCUCCACAUCAAAAUCCCAUCCGAUGGAGGCUAUUUCUACGUCGGCUAU